AUGGAACAUUGUCAAUCAUCUGGUGCUAAGAAGCGAAAAACAUUGUUCUCCUUCUUAGAAAAGGUUGGUGAAUCUACCACAAGUACGCAUUAUGAGGUUGUUAUAGUUGAAGUGAAUACUUCAGCUCAUCAUCCUCCAAUUUCAUCUCCUCAAUUUGACCCUAAUUUGUCUCCACAACCUAGUUUACAACCAUCUAUUUUGAUCGAAAGGGACCCUGAAAAAAGGAAGCACAUUAGUGAACAUCCUAUUAAUUUAAAAGAUGAGAUUAGAUGGGUUUAUCUACGAGCAGGGCCUUAUCAACCAAUUUUGUUGAAUUAUCAGAAUUCGGCAUUGGUCACAGAUGGAUUUAACAAUUGGAAGAGGGUUAACCAAGGAGACGAAUGUGCAUUUCUUACUCACAUAAGUUCAACACCUUCAUCAUUUCAUAAUAUGUUUGUAAGAAGAGCUGAAGAUUUAAUGAAACCAUCAGGACAUAUUGAUAAAGUGAUGAAUGCUAUAACAAGAGAAGAAGUUUUAAAAAAUCGACUACGUCUGAAGACUACAAUUUUAAGUGUAAAGUGGCUACCACUUCAAGGUUGUGCUUUCAAAGGUCAUGACGAAUCUUCGUCAUUGUUGAACCGUGGAAAUUUUAUUGAAUUGAUGAAAGCUUUUGCAAAAAUGAAUAUAGAAAUUGGAGAAGUUGUAUUGGAUAAAGCUCCUCAAGAUGCUACGUACACUAUUCCAAAUGUUCAGAAAGAAAUUUUGCACAUUAUGGCUAACAGAGUGCGACAGAUGAUUCAUGAGGAGCUUGGAGAAAAUUGUUUUUGUAUUCUCGUUAAUGAAGCGCAAGACGAAUCUAAAAGAGAACAAAUGGCCAUUAUCUUGCGAUUUGUGAACAAUGAUGGAAUUAGAAUAGAAUGUUUCUUUACGAUCAAAAGCGUUAAAAAAAUUAGAGGGCAAGGCUAUGAUGGUGCUAGCAAUAUGCGUGGUACGCGGAACAGACUUCGAGCGUUAUUUUUUAAAGAAUGUCCAUAUGCUUACUAUAUCCAAUGUUUUGCCCACCGACUACAACUGACAUUGGUUCCUGUAGCCAAGUAUGUGAUUUGCAUUUGGAAAUUCUUUUCUUUUUUGGACAAUAUUGUUAAUAUUAUUACUUCUUCUCCUAAGCUCAUUAAUGCGUUACAAACUGCUCAAAGAAGGUAG